CAACCAUCAACUAACUCUCCAUGCUCAGAAUGCCUCUAUAGCCCCUAUAAAUCCCAAGUCUCAGUGUGGAAAGGAGUCAUCUCCUCAUAUGUGAGAUAUUAUCUACAGCCAACCAGCCAGUAUGUCUCUGGGCAGAAAAAACCCCAUAUUGCAUGCAAUCUUGACAUUCUGUACUCCGUAUUUCAUCAUCUACUCCGUCGAAUACUUAUGGCGAAGAACUGUACAGGUUUCGCCCUUCUCCGGCUUCUUAUGUCUCUCCUCCCAAUUACCACGCUUUUUUUCUCUUUUAAUACGCCAAUUCGCAUUUUCAUUUAUUCUGCUAGGUAUCGAUAAUUGCGCGCCUGCGUGUAAUGCAUUUAUUUGCUGUAUUCGAUGGGUCUGCGCCGUUGUCUAUUUAUAUUGACACAAUGACCCAACUAUAACAAGAAACCUUGGAUCUUGGAUUUUCGGCCUGGUCCAUUGGUUUCCUUUAACUAUUCUAUUUACUCCCGUUUGGCCGUUUGGGUUACCACCAUGGAAGUACAACUAGACAUGGGAUUAUGUACUGACAAGAACGACCCGGCCUUAUAUACAAUAGAAACUCCGACAGCGUAUGUAGUUAGGAUACAUGAAUGAGAUUUUAGAGGCCCGUCCGAGAAAUGGACAAAUCGAGGAUAUCAUCGAGGCGACGGGUUUUGUCACAUUGAGGGUUUCAUACUGAGUAUAUACAGCCAAAAUCAGCUAUAGUUACUCAAAACUCCUGUGCCAUCUCAAACAUGGCCCCCUUGAAAUUGUCAAAUUUGGCUUUAAUCUUCGCAAAUAAUGAAAGCCGAAUAUCUAUAUCGGGUUUCCCCGUGGCUUCCGACGCCCGCGUGAAACUCGAAUAUUGCAUCCCGUGUACAACCUCCUCAAACGGACCAGUUUGUCCGCACAUUAUUGGAUUCUUGUAUCUCACAAUGACUCCCCGUUCCUGACUCCAGAAUGCAUGACCCUUCAUUUACCAGGCUUACUUACGUAUUUAUUAAUGAUGUCAAUAUCUGUCUCGGAAUCUUAUUUAGUACACGGACCCCGCGAAGCCCCCAAGGUUACCCUAGUGGGUCGUGCGGAUUCCCGCUGGAGACCAUUGUCAGACCACCCCAGCUACUUUCGGCUUACGAGGGCAGUCGGGAAUACAGGUAUCAAUCACUUUUUGCUCACUAUAAAGAAGGAUCCCAGUUCUGAUUGGUGACUGGAGUUGAGUGCGAUUUGAAUGGGGCGGCUGCUGGUCUUGUACGUGCGCGUGUACGGUAUAGAAACAGCAAAGGCAAAUCGUGUAGACGUGAUAGAAAUACUGUGUAACUAUAUGCGCUUUGAGGUCCUUUCCAUUAUCAGUGCCUUAAAAAAUAUGGCUUGUAUGAUUUACUUUGGUGAUGGCAUAAUUGACUCCAGCGCAUGUAGAGAAUGCUUGAGCACAUCAUAAUGUAGAAGAAUGUAGACAUGUACUCUACUCUAUAGCACAAUCAUAAGUUCUUUAAUGUAUUUCCCAGAUGAUAUAACAGUGACAUUGGUGUGGAAGAAAUGGACUAGUGCGUGCGUUUAAGACUGCGAUCCCCAACGUCCAUCACAUCUUGCAUAUUUAAUUCCACGUCACAGCUCUUCCAAACGGACCCGAUCCUCAACAUUUCCGCAUCUACACCGCCGUAGGAGCACAGCUCGGCCCUAUUACAAAAUACUUCUGACAAAGUACCUAUCUGUUCUGAGUUAGGAACGUCGAUGGUCUCGGAAAUGUAUUCAUUGGCUAUCACCCAUCCUGCGCCAUAAACCGCUCCCACACCCGCCUGGAGCAAUGGACGCUUACCCGCCAGACUACGUUGACCACAACCUCCCACUCAUCCUCCUGUCUGGUGUUGGAUCUGACCCUGAGCCUGAUGCUCAGGAAAAGAUUAUCCCAGUCGAUGGUGCUGAGUACCCUCAUCUGGGGGAAGGCGGCGUCCAGAUAUUUUCUGAUUUUCCCCUCCUGACCGAUUCCACGGCGGAGAGGGUGUUGAAUGCUCUCCUUAGCCAGGAUGCGACGCGCAGACCAUGGAAUUCUAAAAAUGAUGGAGCGAGGGCGGGGGCUGUUGGGUAUAAAAUUAAGAGGGUUGGGCGGACUUAUACUCUCCCUCCCCGUAAAGGUCCCGCUAUUCCCAAAUCGCCCCCACCGAGCAACGUUUCCGGCAGGCCAAGUAAUCAUACAGCUUCUCCCGCCAUGCUUCACUCACCGAUAUCUCCUCUGACACCAAGUUCCCCAACAUUUCCUGAUGGAAUCAUGACACCGUUGUGGGUCAUGAAGCACCAGGCAUUGGUCCCCGCAGCCUUUGUCAACUUCUUCCCAUUCACGACCGAUUCCAACAUGGCCUCCCUUGGUGAUAAUCAGUUGAAGAUAGAAAUUAAUAGUUUACGGAAGCAAUGGGCGGCAUCCGGAUACAAGACACGAUUCAUUGUUGCUUUGCUUUGUGAAGAUGGACCGUUACCAGAAGACGCAAAUGAUCGGAUCGCUAGCAUCAGGGUGGCGACAAACCUGGAUCCGAAAAGUAUUUUCGUUCUCCAACCCGAGCCAUCGCAGUUAGAUAUUAGUGAAUUUAUCAAAUCUCUCUUCGUCAAUCUGCAAAGCCCAAGUGUUGAGUACUAUAGAGAUCUCUCGAAACAUGCUAGGCGGAAGAAAAACCGAGGCACCAUCCCUCCACCAACUGCACCACCUACCAGCGGGACCUCACAAACUCUGCCGCUCCAGGGCUGGAAUGUUCGGUAUGACUUUAAACUGGGCGCCUUUGCUGAAUUUCGUCAGGAAAUGGACGCUGCGUGUCGAAGUUACGAGGCUGCUUAUGAGGGGCUCUUUGGCGAAGAAGUGUUCGAGAUGAUUGCUGGAUGGAGCCCUAGGUUUAACGAUGCCAGAAUGCUUGCGGACAUUCUCGCUAUUCGGAUCAUUCGUUGUUUGUUAUGGACUGAACAGACUUCAUCCGCAGUCCACAUAUGGAUAAACCACAAGAAUCGCGUCAAAGACAUUGUAGAUCGUCGAGGUAAAGGGACGAAUAAUUACGGGUGGGAGGCAUGGGAAGCCAGAUGGUCUCUGGUGAUGGCACAAAUUAUGCAUCAGGCGGAAAUAUCAUCACUAAUAGUUCCCGAUCUUCUGGGGUCGGUACCUGAUCUCCACAAAACAAUAUACGCCAUGCCCGAGAAAGCAGUUCCCAUUGGUGGGAGAAUACGUCCAUGGGAGUACCUCCACCAUGAGGGCUACUGGCUGCGCUGCGCUGCCCAACACACCGAGCGUAGGAGACAGCUUGCAGAGAAUAUUCCGGAUGAGGACCGGGUGGCUUCCACCCAACCUACUAGCUCGUCAUCACUGAGUCGAACUACCGUCUACGACACCUAUCUUUCUCCUGAACCUUACAAUGAAUACCCCAUGUCUGACCAUCCAGGGCUCACUCAUUCUAAGUUAAUUAUCAGUUUUCUUGAAUCAUCAAUAGAGGAGUUCUCCAAAAGGCAACAAAACCGCAUGGUAGAACAGCUAAAGCUAAAGAUGGCGAAGGAGCAUAUGAGAAUUGGACAAUGGAAGGAUGCAUUGGCUAUCCUACGACCUCUAUGGCCGCAGCUAUCAUGGCGGCGGAAUGGCUGGUGGAAGCUAAUGGAAGAUUUUGCCUGGACAUUGCGGGAAUGUGCUUUUCAGGCCGAAGAUAGAGAAACCGUUUUGAGAGCAGAUUGGGAGCUAAUGAACCAUACUUUCGCCGUGCGGCAAGGGUGGUGUUACGAUAUCCAUAAAAGUAUCGAAAAGUUGCCACCAGUGAAACCGAAACCGGUUGUGAUUCUUAAAGGGGAAGAUUCGGUUUCAUGUCUUGCGGCCUCUUUUGUCUUCGCGAAAUCAGAAGGCAAUGUGGGAGAGCCUCUACAAUCCCAGCUUGUUAUCAGGUCGUGUGCGCAGGCUGGAUCGUCGCCAAUUCGCUUGACGGAGGUAAAAGUUGUUUUUGAAGGCAGCAUUCGGCCUAUCAAGCUUCUACCGAGCGAGGACGCCAUGUCGAGCUCUUCUACCAGUUGUGAGAUUAUAUCCGUUCCGUUACAAGAUUCUGCAAAGGUGGACGCUUCUUCCGUGCGAUCACCAACUGCUGGGUUGUCCUUGAUGGCCGGGUUCACCAACCUCUCAUUUAACCCGAAGCAGACACGGGCGUUCAACCUUGUGUCGGUGCCACGAGAACCAGGCGAGGCACGAGUGGCGUCAAUUACAUUACGAAUCGAGGAAGAAAAUUUCGAUCUGGCCUGCAUUAUUAGUGAACAGAACCGAGAGGAGUCAGUCUGGUGGAGAAUGGGGAAGCAAGGGCCCAUUUCCCGAAGGACAGGAAAGGAUAGGGAUACUUCAGUGGCACAGAUCUUGCCGAAACCUCCGAAAGUCCGCAUCACGACGCCCAAUUUACGGAAUCACUAUUACACGGAUGAGAAGGUCGUGUUUGACGUCCAGAUUGAUAAUGACGAAGACGAGGCAGCUGGGAUUGAUGUUGAGAUGAAACUGUUUGGGCAUACUGGAACCUCGGCGACGUUUUCAUGGAUUAAUGAGACGGCUGCUGACUCAGAAGCAUCUGAGGAUGCAGGCUCGAGCACCCCCAGUACCCCUAUUGAGGGUGACUCCUCGGCCCUGUCAAAACAAUGUACAGUUGGGACAUUGGGGCGUGGAGCCAGUCGCACCCUUUCAGUGUUGUUCACAAAUACAACCCAACCGCUAGAUUAUGAGGUUGAAAUAUCCGCCUUCUACCACUUGGUUUCCGAUAUUGAAACUCAAAUAUUCAAAACCGUGUCCUUGGACUUAUCCUUCAUCAGACCAUUCGAGGCAAAUUAUGAAUUCUUACCUCGCAUCCAUCCGGCACCGUGUCCAGAUUUCUUCCAUUGUGAUGAUUCAGCAUCGGAAGAUAGCGAAGCGAAGGAACAGAAACUCAAUGGCCUUCAGCAACUGUGGUGCCUAAACUCGAAAAUGGUGUCAUUUGCUUUAGAACCACUUAUCAUCGAAGAAGUCAACGUGACACUACUUGGGAUCACGGCUGGCAAUGUUUGUAAAAUCGGCCCGGAAACUCUCAAAAGCCCUGAAACUCCUACAAUUGGACCUGAAGAGCUUCGAGAAUCCGAAUUCGCCAUUGAAAUCCAACGGCAUGCGCUUGAUGACCGGCAAGCGUCGACGCUAAACCUUUCACUGGAUAUACGAUGGCGCCGACCCGACGAUGACGACGGUGGUCCGCAAUCCUCAUCAACAACAUCAACACUUCCGAUCCCCCGCUUCCUCCUCCCUCUCGGCGAACCGCGUGUCCUCGCUAGCGCAACACCCUCCCCAACCUUCCCCGGCUUCCUACACCUCGACUACACCCUCGAAAACCCGUCCAUGCACUUCCUCACCUUCAACCUGACAAUGGAAGCCAGCGACCAGUUUGCGUUCCACGGACCCAAGUCCACCACAGUGCAGCUGGUACCGCUAAGCAGACAUACGGUGCGAUAUAACUUGCUAGCAAAUGUGACUGGCACGUGGAUACAGCCGCAACUGGUGGUGGUGGAUUCGUAUUUUAAUAAGACGUUGAGGGUGUUGCCUACGGAGGGGAUGAGGGGAGAUAAGAAGGGAAUUUUGGUAUGGGUUGAUGCGGAAGGGUGAGAAAGGGGAUGUGCGUGAGUUGUUGGAGCCGUGACUAUUUUUGACUCAAGGAUCUGAGGAGGAGCAAAUAGAGCAAAGCAUAUGUACGAGGGAUGCGUGGCCCCAUUCUGUUGGAAAUCUAUUUCGAUACCAUUUUUUGUGUUAUCCACUAGUUAAUGUCCGCGGGGGGGGGGGGGGGGGUUUGCAGGAAAUAUUUUCCAUUAUGCAAACCUCAAUUUUCUCCCUAUGCUAUGAUUAAUUACGACCAUUUUCUCCACAAAAGUUUUUUCCUCUCAGUGUCAUCUUGACCCGGUCAACCAACUAACUUGAGAGAUACUUGGAUUCUUGGCUUUCAUACCUCCAAGGGAUGCAUUUGAGAUGUGGUGCUCUUCGGCGUUGAUACAUCCCGAACACACACCCUUGUCUUGCCCAUCAUCCCAAUGGCAAGCAAUUCAAUCCCCCCCCACAAUCAACAAAGCAGCUGGUGGGGGGUUGAAUCCCGACGCCUAAAUACUCAACGUUUACCUGCACCCCCCUAACAAGGGGGAUAUCUAUUAAUAUUGUCAUGUCACGUUCCAACCUAUCUCUCCUUUCCUCCUUCUGUCAUGAAUUCCAUUUCGUUGUCCCUCGUCCUUAUCAUCACCCAACACAACCCGCUAGACGGAAAGCCAAAACCCCCUGAAACCCCUCAUGCCGUCGCCGACGCGCAACAAAUAUACCCCUGAUACCGUGCGAAACUGGUAUAACAUGUCAGCUGGCUGAACACUGUCUUAUCCUCAAGGUUCCUGUGUAUGGCUGCAUCCAAGCGUUCUGGGUGCCCCUGCAGUUGAUGCAGUUGAAGACAAUCAUAUGGGCUGUUAUAUACUACCUCUUCACUAGCCUAGGAAUCACUGCUAGUCCGUAGUUUUUUUUCUGCCUUUUCGCUCAAGCCAAAAUCCACUUUCUUUAGUUUCCUUUUGUCUCC